GUUCAGUCUGUCGCAAGGGAGGUUAUGACUGCCAGUGAGUGCCAUGUGCGUACAGACAGACUGGCCGGCUCCGGCGAGGCACCGAGAAAAAUUGGCACCGAGGCCAGAGGUAGCGAGACCUAGGCCGCCUCUCGAACCCCGACGUUCAUUCCCGCGCCAAGCUGACGACAUGCUGUAUUUCGAACCACCAAACCCCUCGGUCGAACAGGAACAGGACCAAGUUGAAGACACGCCGAGCACACCGGGUUUGCAGGCGGACGAUUCCAAUUUUCUCGCUCGAACGGCCCUCUCACAGUUCUAUCACAAUGGCAUUGAGUCCUCGGACUGGCACAUAUUCCAGGUUGCAGAUGACUUCAGGCUCGCUUACAUUGGCGCCCCAGUCUCUAAUCUAUCACACCUGGUGCAACUACGCUGCUCUCACUUGAGAUUACGCCAGGCCAGUCGUCCCACGCAGCACACACUGGUCCAAGAAGCGCUUGGAAGAGCUCCAUACGUGGCCUUUAGUUUUAAGGACUUGUAUCAAUUUGCAGCAUCGCCGACUGACUCUCAGGGUCAGAAUAUCGACUCCCCUCUACCUCUACAUUUCCCUUAUCCACAAAUUCGACCGUUGGAGGCCCGUCAUACGGGCGACCAAGCCCACCCCGGAAUUCCCCGAGACCUAUCCACAGAUGCGUUGACAUUUCUUGGAGAAGAGGUACGGGAGAGCCUGGUCAAGGCGUACUUCGAUAGCAUCCAUCCAUCAUUUCCCGCCAUCGCGCCAUCUAUGAUACUGCAGAACGAUGGCAAGUUAUCGAGCACGGCACCGCCACUACUGGUUCAUGCUGUUCUCCUUGCGGGAGCCAACGUCUGUUCGCAUCCACAAGUGGUGCGCGCUCGUCCAUCGAUCAAGGCUGCCUUGUUUCGCACGGCAGGGAUGCUUUUCCACCGACGUAGCGAAAAGGAUCGCUUGCAUCUGACACAAGCGGCACUGUUGUUCACAUGGCACAUCAACGACGGAGACACCGUUGCUGGAGGCCCUUGGUACUGGAUUGGGGUGGCUUUGCGCAUCAGCUGCGGUCAAGGAGCGCAUCGUCUUAAUCCACUUCUCCCCGACUUUGAACGUAUCAUGUACAAACGAAGCUGGUGGUGUGCCUUCGUGUCGGAAGCAUUCAGUGCCCUGGAAACCGGUCGGCCGUGUGCGGUUCGGCCACCAGACACCGAUCAGUCAGUCCCAACCGAGGAAGAACUCAACUGGGACGGCAAGCAGACUUCUGUCACGACUGCCGGAGGGCAGGAGUCAGCCACGGCCGAGGAACAGAGCCUAGGUCUGGGCCCGAGGACCGUCUGCUCCCAAGUACCCUACCUGUACCACAAGCACUUGAUAAGUCUUGCGAAGAUAGCCAUGGACAUCUCAGCCUUGAACGCUCCGGCCGAGAGCACAUCCAUAACCAUGGCGAGUCUCGACGCUCGGUUGGCAAAGUGGUCACUAGGUGCCACUUCGGGGGGAGACUUCUUCAGCAUCUCGUUACGACUGUACUUCCACAUGGUCGUUUUGAAUCUUCAUCGAAAUUAUCGACGAGAAUCGAGUGACAGUCAAUCGACGUGCAGUGCAGCGGCAGAGAGCAUCAUCACCGCGAUGGAUCGCAUCAUCGACCUGGACUCGCUUGGUCGAUGCCACUUCCCCGUCGUCAGUGCCAUCACGGCGGCCGCCAUCCAACUUGUCCACGAGAUUCGAUCGGCGAUCGCUACGGGGGCGUAUGUGGUCGGCCUAAACCGGCUCGGACUGUUGCAACGUGCCACAAAGUUCGCGAAAUGCCUUGCGCCACUGUGGCCAACGGCGGAAGCGGUACACAAUGUCUUUGAGGGACUUCGCAGAGAAUACGAAGACCAAGUGGCCAAGUCCCUCGAUCCCACACAUGGCACUUCUGUUCCAUACGACGAGCCCGACUGGGCAAGUCUGUUCGCGGCAGCAGACCACAUCCCAACGUCUGAAGACUGGUUGGAAUGGACAUUAGAGGAUAGAGCACCAAGUCAGUAAAAGGCAAGUCGUCCACAACACACACACAUUAGUAUUAAAUACAAAUUUUAUAGACUAAAGGUCGGCACCUGCUGGACGGUGUUUUACCUUCCAAACCCAUUCCAACGUCGUGAUAUUGGACAAAUGAUCCUUCACAAAACGGUUCCUAAGAGUCUCAAAUACCGUCUGCGAGAUGAAAGAUCUUUCAGACCAGUAGAACUUUCCAAAGUUGCUUUUUCUCAGGAAGGCUAGACCAGCUGAUGGCUGGUCGGAGAGAACAGCCAACGAGGAUGCAGGACAAUAGAGAAGCUCCGGGUGGGACCCCGAAUCACAAAGCCUCACACGCCCUUUCGGACGCGAAACCUCGGAGCACCUGUGACUGGGGUAGUAUGUAGCAUUGUACCCACGGCGAAUGGUAGCUGGCUGCCAGGUGUAUUUUGUUCAAUUAAAG